CUUGUGACUACGCAGUCGUUCUUCUGACUCAUGAACCUGCAGCUGGGCAAGACGGCGGCUAAAGCCGUCUUUGGGCAAGCUGUCGAGUCGUCGAAGAACGUCAUCUCAAGGAUACGCUUCGCCAAGGGGGACGAUGACAAGGAUCAAACAGGAGAGGAACCAGCCGCCUCACCCGCCGCCGCCGCAGCUGCUGCUGCGGGUACAUCCGCCCAUGCAUCCAUCGAAGCGCCCACCAUCACUGAUCUGUGCUGCUUGCAUGUUUGUCAGCGGCCCCGAUAAGAAGCAAGACCUGCGAGGAAGAGGGCGAUACCGUUGAUCUCAAGGCGACUGGCGCGGAGGGCACGAGGCCGUGAUCGAGGGCGAGGAGGAGGACGAGUCAGCACAAGCCGACGACCGUGACCGAGUGAUCACAGAGGAGGAGUACCGCCAGCUGCGGAAGAAGAAGGCGCGGGAGGCCCGGUCGAGGAAUGAGGGGCAGGUGGUGGCCCUGCCGGCCGGGGACUGGGGCGAGGACAACCUAAGGGGGGAUGGCUCGGAGGAGAGCGAGAAGCACUGGCGGAUACUCAGACGAUUCAAGUGCCGCAUCUGGAACAUUCGGCUGGAGAACUUGCUCGAGGACACAAAGACGCAGACGCUCUUCCUCGGUCAGUGCAAUCUCUCCUCGCCCCCUUUCUGUCUAUCUGCAUGUGUGUGUGUGUUUGUCUUUGUCUCUUGGCGAGCAGCCUUCACGAUUGGCGGCACCUUGGAGGAGUUCCGUGUGGUGAAUUACAAGGGUGAGGAGCGGGCUGUGUGUGAGGGCUACCCCGGCACCGUGUUCAAGACGCAUCACGCUGAUGUCAAGGGUGCGUAGUUGGCCAGAGGGGGCGUACACAGCCGAAUCCAAUGAGCAACAGACAUGGGAGCGCACCUUCCACUUGCCUGUCUGUCCCUGUGUGGUGUGAUAUGUGCACUACUGCAGGCGGUGAGACGAUCGAGUUCACGACUAAGCCCGACCUCGAGUGGCGGGGCUCAUAUAUCGACCUGGAAAACGUACACACACACGCACACACACACACAGACAGACAGACGGCAGCAAUGUACUAAGGGCAAGUGACACAUACUGUGUGUCUCCUCUGGGUUGUAAAGGAGUGGCUGAGCAUCGACGUGUGGAAGCUCCAGACCCGGGCGGUGAAUCAGCUGAUUGGCUCGCAGUCGGCGUCGCUCUACACCUUUGCCACGGGGUGGGUGGAGCAGGCAUUCACCUUUGAGCGGAUCGUCAAGAAGAAAUCCGUGCCAGCGUACAAAGUCAGCUUCCAGGUGAGUCAGGCUGACUGACUGACUGAGACAGACAGGUCUGCCGGUUCUCUCUCUGAGCAGAUAUUGUUCCAAGAGAUAUACGACUUUGAGCUGACUCUCUGCGACUGGAAAGUCUCCAACCUCAUGCCCCUAGACGUACGCCAACACAGAGACAGCAACACCCGCCCAGAGACAUCCAAAGUGUGUCCGUCUGUCCGUCAUCAUACAGACGAUGAAGGACCUCAUCCAGCGCAUCAAAAGAGGGGACAUCGACAGCACCGCCGGCAAGAAGGAGGUCUUCUCCCCACUGAGUGACACCAAAGGCGACGACGAAGAGGGUAUGGUGCCAAGACAAGCGGCCAAGAAGGGCCAUGGGGAGGAAAUGGACGCCAUUUUGAAGGGCUUCGACCUCGAGGGCGACGGAGAGGUCGGUCGGCGGCCCGGCGGGAGGGGUGAUGGGCCAGAGAGUGAGGUGGACACGCGGCUGCUGGUGGAGGUGGUCAAGACGGACCCCAAGAUGGUCAUGAGGAUAGCGCCUAAGGCUGAGAACAUGAAUGUGAUGCGAGUGGAGACCAUGCCCAGGUGAGUUGAAUCUGCCCACGUGCCUCUAUGUGCGCGUGUCUAUGUGCGUCUAUGUGUGUGUGUAUGUCUAUGUGCGUCUAUGUGUAUGUGUAUCUGUGUGUGUAUUUGUAUGAAGGUACAACACAAACAACCCGUCAUGGGAGAUGCUUGGGUGUCUCUACUGGAGGUAGGUCCGUCCGCCAGAGGAGAAGAGAAUGCACAGUCAGUCCUUUCUGAUGCCUGCCUACCUGCCUGCCUGUGUGCGCUGCACAGGGGCACUCCCCACGACUUGGAGAACGAGAGUCUCGAAGUCCGUGUCAAGGACACCUACAGGGCCAACCAAGUUAUCGCAGAGGCCAAGAUCCCCCUCAAGGGCAUCCUCGAGUACGCCCAGAUGGUUCGCCUCCCAGGUGACUCUGCUCGACGAGACGCGGCUCGACGGGCUGGACUUCGGGCGUGUGGAGGGCAAGGUGGCGGUGGAGAACAAGCCGCGCUACCGGCAGAUCGGGAGUGUCAUGGAGAUGGACAACGACAAGAUAUACGUCAUUGUCAAGGUCGUGAAAAUCGACCAGCUGCACACGUCAGACGAGGCCGACCACAUCGACUCGUAUGUUGAGGUGACUUUCGACGGCAUGGCCAACAGGUCCCGCCACGUGGUGGACUCCCUCAGCCCGACCUACCAGCACGAGCUGUCCUUUGUGGUCAACCUCCGGAACACGGAGCGGAUAAGCGCUGAGGAGGUGCAGAACAAGGGGCCGGUGCACAUCGACGUCUGGGGCAACAGCACGGGCGACGUCAGCAACGAGCACCUUGGGUGGACCACCAUCUACUUGAAUGAAGUCCUCUUUACGCCUGACGGCAAGGUGGGGUGGGUGGGCGAGUGAGGCGGUCGAUCUGUCGACAACACGGAUGUGUGGCCUGGCCUCGUUUGGCUCGUGUUUGGUUUGCAGCCUCGCGAGAUGGAGGAGAGGAAGUUCUACAACAACAUGACCAGGAACGAGGAGGAGUACGACACUCGCGUCUUCCACGGCAAGAAGCGAUUGAGGCUCCUCUGGGACAGAGACAAAAAGAAGGAGUCCUUCGUCUACUUCCAGGUGACUAAGCUAACCUUCCCCCCUCUCGUCUGCUCAUGUUCUGUAUGUAUGUCUGCGACUGACUAUGUGAAUGCCCAGAUCUGGACCAAAUCCGAUUUGGGUGCGGGUGGCGCCAUCAUCCAGGGCUUCGGGAUGAAAACCACCCUCGAGAAGGUCGACCCCUGGAAGAAGAUACCCCGCUCAUACGAGUCGCGGCUGGACGUCUUCACGCAAUGCUGGACCACCAUGACCAAGCAGCUCGAGGGGUGGGCGAGACACCGCACCUUCAGGUGCACUGUGCGCGACCACCGGGGCGAUUCCCACGUGCUGUGUCGCUACGUGACCCCCAUGAAGCCGCCAAAGGCCGUUGCCGGAGAUAAUGCCGUUAACCGGUUUGUCAGGUGAGCGUGCGGAAGAGACACGUGAGGUGGCUGACAUGGAUGUGGUGUGGUAUGUGGUGUGUGGUGGAAGGUGCAUUCCCUUUUGUGAGGGCUCCCGUGCCAAGGAUGAGUUCUGGACCACACCUGACUUUCUGGUCAACCUGAUGAAAGGGCCAGCCAUGGACCACACACUCCUACACGCAUCACUUCUGCUGUAUGCUAUGACACCUGAGACAGACAGAGACAUCAUCACCCCCGCCUUCAUCUCUGAUGUGCGUUUACUUACAUCACAGGGGCAUUCCCCUGUGCGCCUUUGUGUGCCUGGGGACUCUGUGGAACCGUGACAAGCACGCAUGGGUCAUGACGAUGCAGCGGAGCGGGCGGGUCUACUUCUGGGACACGGCCAAAGGCGCCAUAUACGAGCUGCCCGACCGAUUCCUCGCACCACAGGAGCUUACACAAAUCCUACCGUCCACACGCAUCUAUGAGCCAACUUCGGAAGGUAAGAUACCCCACCCCCAUGAGACAAAGAAAGGUUGGUCCAAGCGCCUCUCGUUCCCUCUCUGCGCUCGCAGGCGGCCGCAGCCCUGCUCGUGCUGCUGUGGUGAGCGGCGACCCGCGUGUGUGGUCGAGUCGGCACAUGAAGCACGCGGCCAGCGGGAGGGGGAUGGAGGUGCCCGACACCAUGCCAGCAUUGGUGCACUUCGAAAACACACCAAACCUCCCAUACAGGUAGACCAGUCUGCCUGCCAUCAGGGGCAGGAAGUGCCUCCCUCAAGUGUUCCUUCCGUUGGUGUGUGUGGUCAACCGUUGAUACCCACUACGCAGGUCGAUUGAGGUGAUAUUCAACGACCGUGACAUGUUUGCCAAUCUGCAGCACCAGGACCCGUCGGGCAUCUACUACGACUUCUGGGACCCUGACCUCUGGUACUCCUUCACCUACGGGGCCCCCAUCCACCACCCUGAUGAAAUCGUGACGCCACGUACGGGACGGGCGAAUGAACGCACUGACUGGCACGGCGGAUGAAUGCAAUGCCACCCACAGAAUUUGCCCUUUUGUGUGUCUCGGGGUCGGUCUGUCCCUAUUCUCAACAUCAUAUCAUGCAGCUCCGUGUUUCCAGCCCAAGAUCAUGUCGGCACCCAUGAGUGACGAAUGGACCGCCAGAACCAAACGGUACUUGCAGAAAAGCUGGCUAGACACACGCACACACACACACACACACGCAGAGCUCUGUGAUGCAACGCAGGUCCUUGUCGGAGAAGAUAAUGCGUUACAUCCAGGUGCAUCGGAACAGCAAGAAGAUCAUGACCCGAUGGGCCACCGACGCGGCGCUCCAGGGCUUCCUCGAGAAGGGCCUCAGGUUGUUGGAGCAGGUCGACACAUGCCCCCUUGAAGACUUCGACUUCAGCGUCGCUAAACUACAGGUAAGCAACCGAGCAGCCCACCACCAUUCCAUUCGCUCACCUUUUGGCUGCGUAGGAGUGGCGCCAAGUGCUGUAUUCCAAGACCCCUCUCAACCACCGGUAGUUGAAGGCAGCAACGACGGGAGGCCAUUCGUUCGCAGUCGUGUCUCUUUGUGGAUGUCGGUCAGUUUGCGCGGCGGGCCGGUCCGUUUCGCAUCUCGCGACCCAUCCCUCGUAGCCGGAGCGUAUUCAACAAAUUCGACUUCUUUGAAAUCAGAGACAAAAGCGGUCAGUCGGUCUGUAUGCAUGGGGACACGGAAACAAGCGACGCGCUCAUCUCCUAUUGGAAUGCAAUGCAGCUCAGUUUGCGAUCGCCGUGCACGUGGCUCCUCUGCCCAACGGGGUGGUGGCGAGCUAUGUGUACGUCAUCAUGAUGCAGCAGAUCAAGGUGAGACAGAAGAGACAGACAGACAUGUGCACACCUGCAAGUGUGUGUGUCUCUGUGUGUGUGUGCCUCUCUUUCUCUGUGUGUGUGUGUGCAGGAGAGCGAAGUCAAGUCCAUCCUCCGCAGCCGCAUGCAGAAGAAGCGACGGGCAAGACCACCACCAGCCCCGUCACCGUCACCAGCACCCCAACCACCAUCAGAACCGUCCCCCGCCCCGGCCCCCUCCGCCCCCCCACCAGCAUCCCCACAGAGACCACGGCGGUCAUAUCUGCAGUACAAAGAUGAUGAAGAGGAGGCCGAACGGCCUGCAGGACGAGUGCCUUCGGGCAGACGGCUAACCGUUAAGCCGCCAAGAGAUGGCGAGUCGGGUUCGGCGGAGGAGCCGCCGACAGAGGGAAUGGGUGGUGUUCAGCAGCGGCUGAGGGUGGGCAGUGUGGUGACCCGCCGGCAGUCCGUGACGAUGCAAUACCCGAGUGGGGGCGCGCCGCCGACGGCGAGGGAGCGGAAGCUCAAGCCGACGGCAGAGGCAGAGGGAGAGGGGGGAGUGGGUGAUGAGACGUGAAUUAUGUACGUGUGUCACACGAUUUCAUGGUCAUGCGACGAUUCGUUGACCUACCUUGGCUGUGGCACUCACUGCAUGCGAUAUCAUAUCGUCUGUGUACAUAUCUGACGUACGUGUCGACCUCCGCGUGUGGUCUCGGUGUCGAUUUGUGCGUGCCUUUACUUCAACAAAUGGG